AUGAUAACUCAAUUUUCGCCGUCUGACCCUAUCAUAUCGAGAAUACUCCUUACUACUUUCUCUGUUUUGCUCUUCACUUUAUUUGCUUUCAACACCCUGCUCCCUUCUGACGAUCCGUAUCGUUGCCAGCCGCUACUGGGAAGCAACGGACGCUAUGGCAGUUGGAUAAAUACUCCGAAUGAGAAUGGCUCUCGGGCACCAUUUACCAACUGGCAGCCCGAGGGUUGCAUGCUGCAUCACUAUACGCCAGAUGAUAUAAAGCAAUGCAUGGGUGAUCGCCCACUCCUUUUUUCCGGCGACUCGACAGUUAGGCAAGUUUACUGGGCAAUGGCACGACUUCUGGAUCGCAAAAUGGCAGUAGAGCUUCGUGAGAACACUGAUCUCCCGAGUAACUACAUAUUCAACCUGAACGGUGUGGAGUUGAGAAGCAUCUGGAACCCCUAUCUUGAGACCUCUGCCUUUGCCAGCCAACUUGAGGUUUUCAGUAAGAAAAAGCAUGGUCUGCAUGAGGAGAGGCUACAGCAUUGGAAUCAAGAGAACCAUGGUCUAUACUCAGAAACACAUGAUGAGGUUCCUGGUCUUGUUCUUUUGGGCGCUGGAGCGUGGUUUGCUCUGAGGCAAUUUAACCAUGUCUCGUAUCCCAGCUUCAAAAGCGCCUUGGACAAUAUCACACAGAUCCUUCACCUCGAAAACCUACCCGACUUUGGAACAGCUCCGAUGGAUGCUCAAGGUAUAGGUGAUGAAGUAUUCAUUGCCCCUGCCAAACCCCCCGAUUACGAUCUACUUCCUAAAUGGCGAAAGGCAGCGAAAGGAUAUCAGAGAGGUGAGCUAGAAGCCCUCAACGAGUACCUGUAUAGCCAGGAAGACAAGCAUCACCUUCGGCUACUUCGAUCCUUUCCCGCACUCUCUUAUCAACAGCCCGAAACUAUGGUUGAUAUAACAGAGACGGGGAUGCAUGUCAUUGAUUCGGUGGCCGAAAUGAAAGCCAAUAUUCUCCUUAAUCUUCGAUGCAAUGCCAAACUCGAUAGAAAGAUUGGUCAUCCAUUUACACGAACCUGCUGUACCGAUUACGGCCAACGCUCAUGGGCCCAUUCUAUUAUGCUUUGGAGCACUUUUGUGUAUAUGACUUUCUGGACUGUUAUGCAGCUUCUUAAUAUCUCUAUACCUACAACGACAAAGCGGUGGAUGCAACCCAGUACAACAGUCGCCACAUUUGCUGUCGCUCUGCUUUACUGCUACUUGGCAGAUCGCACGCAGAUCUUAGCCAAAGGUAACAAAGAGUUUACGCCUCAGGAAGUCCGAAUUCUUGCCUGCAUCUGCCUCAUUAUAGCCUUGGUCACAGUCCGCAAGACCAAGCCUCAUAUAGCUCCUUGUUUUCCACUAUUAUCCAACAGUAAUCUGGCGGAAGACACAAACAUCCUGAGCAAGGAUCAAAUCGAUGAGUGGAAAGGGUGGAUGCUUUUUACCCUUCUCAUCUAUCACUGGACUGGUGCUCCACUCAACAGCCCAGUGGAGAUUCUGAACCGUCUACUUAUUUCUAUCUACGUCUUUCAGAGCAGUUACAGCUAUACGGUAUAUUUUCUCGUCGAGAAGGACUUUUCGUUUCGCUAUAUCGCUGUAACACUCUUACGCCUCAACCUUCUAAGCUGCACUCUCUCUUACACCAUGGGCACAAACUAUAUGUUUUAUUUUCUCCCGGCCUUUAUCAGCUUCUGGUUUCUGAUCACAUACGCUACACUUGCUCCCUAUCGUCGCCUUAAUGAUCGCAGCGAAAUAGUUAUCGGCAAGAUCACAGCAUCGUUUAUUAUAGUAACAGUGAUACUCAACUUCACUCCGGUUUGCAGAGGGCUGUUCAAGCUUCAACAGCUCGUUUUCAGUGGCAAGUGGGAUCACGAUGCAUUCAUUUCCCAGGCGGUUGCCGACGGUGUCGUUCCAUUCAUUGGCAUGUUUGCAGGCGUGAUUCGCCAACACGUCAGACACAGUAGCACUUGGUACACAGAUUACAGAAAUGCUAUCAUUCCAUCGAUGGCAGGACUUCUAGGAUACUCUUACUUCUAUGCCCGUCUGGAAGAUAGGAGUGCGUUUACAUCUCUUUAUCCUUCUGUAUCAAUCAUACCCAUCAUGAGUAUUAUCGCGCUUCGGAAUGCGACAACGACUCUGCGAAACUACAACUCGGCCGCUGCUGUCUGGCUUGGGAGAUACUCUUUAGAACUCUACGCCUUCCAUUUUCAUAUCUUGCUGGCUGGAGAUGGAAGCGGUCUUCUUCUUCUAGAUAACUUCACACGAAAUAAUGGCCUCUUUAUGGGCCGUUGGCGUGACCUUGUUAUUCUACUGCUAACAUACCUCUAUAUCAGCUAUGCAGUUGCUGAAGCGACAGAUGGUUGUACUGGACUGUUGACAGACGCAAAUACAAAACAGUUCAGCACUAUCCAGUCCAUUUUAAAACACCUAAGUAUUAACCUCUGCUUAUAG